AUGUUGCGCACACCGGUUAACGCAAUGGACGCCACGUGCAGCGUCAGCUCUAAGGGAUCUCUGGACUUCAUCAUGAACGCCGUCGACACCGUCUCAGCCAUUGAACCACAGUGGUUCGACGAUCCCCUGGAGACAGAAAGGGGAGAGCGUGCAAAUCGCGCGACACCCGCCAAGGUGUCCGCUAAACACAAGGCCAAAAUGAGGACGACACUCAGCCACGAGGAGAAAAAACGCUCGCGCGAGUGUAAAGUCAAUGGCUGCGAAAACUACAUUAUCAACAAGGGUCUUUGUUUCCGCCAUGGGGGCGGCAAGAAGUGCUCCUUUGAAAGUUGUCAAUCCAGUGCUAAGCACGCCGGGCUCUGCUGGCGCCAUGGGGGCUCUGUGAAGUGCAUUGUGGAAGAAUGCGAGCGACGAGGAAAGUCACGUGGUCUGUGCUGGGCUCACGGAGGAGGCACCAAGUGUUCUGCUCCUAGUUGCACGAAGGUGGCAGUGUCAAAUGGCUGCUGCUGGGCUCAUGGAGGGGGAAAGCGCUGUGCGUACGACGGGUGUAACAAGGCCGCGUACGAGCGCACCCACAACUACUGCGCCAAACACCACGACCAGUUGAAGGACGGAAAUGAGGUUCUACACGCCUAAUGCACACAUGAGAAAUACGCGAUAUCCUCCACAAUUCUCUGUAAUGUACAAGGAAAAAGAAAUUUAAUUAGUUAAAAGCUUUGAAGAC